UGAUUUGAGCCCAGUCGAGCCGCCCUCAUCCAUCUUCGCCUCUGCGCCGCGUGGAGCUUUGUCACCAGUAGCACCCAAGCCGAACUCCAAUGUCUCGCCCCUUCGCGAUCACCGCCUGAGCGACUUUGCCAACUACCGUCGAGACCUGGCCGUCCUUGAGACAUCCGCUGGCCGUCUGCCCUCUAUCCAGCACAAUCCUCCAACGGCCACCCUAUCUUCAACCUCUCAAGUCGCUCCCUGGAUGUCGCCCUCCAACGGCGGUGCCACCGCAUCCACCCCCCACCAGACGACCUUCUACAAUGAUUCGAGCGAUAACCUGUCUGUCGCGUCCCAGCUCUCGCCAGGCUUUCGUCCCCCGACACACAGGAUCGCGCCCCAAUCCUCUGGCAGCCAGGACUCGCCCGAUGUAGCCUACUUUGCAGACGAGCGGCGCCCUUCGCUGGCGAGCAUAACAACGCUGAGCAGCCAGGGUUCCAAGACGAGCAUUCGAAGAGGUGGGUUGCAAAAGCUACAGGGUUUCUUUGGCGAGGAAUUUCCUGGCCGCGAUGGAUCGGAAAGUAGUUUGCAUUCCAGUUCCGGUAGGGACCGUUCGCGUUCCUACAGCCACAGUCGCCCUACCAGAGACCGCAACUACUCCAACGCAACCGAUCAUGCACGCGACCGCGAGGGUUCGCCUUCCUCCUCCAGGCCUAGGACGCCUGUGCCGGCCCCCGAAGUAGUGCCCUUUCUUUAUCAGGAAGCCGACGAUAUUGCCAGGUUCGGCGAGGCCCCAGUUCGAGACAUUUUGAGCGGCCCCGACCGCGAACGUUACAUGAACAACGAAAAUCCCAACAACUCGCAAAACCCACCAAAGACUUCCUCAUCAAACCGCUCUGGCCAUUCAAUCGUGCAUCUCCCCGGCCACCAUCACCGCCACAACAGGAGCAUCGACGAUGGCAAGGCUCUUCGACCAACUGUAAGUAGGGAAGAUUCGCAAGCGAGCUUGCAAGUGCAGAAUUCCCGAGAACGAGGCGCUUCCGCUGCCACCGUCAUGUACGGCUCCAAUCGAUCCCGUGCAGAGAGCCCAACUCCGAGCGGCGGUUAUUUCAGCUCGAGGCACGGCACCAUCGACGGCUCGAUAUCGCCCGGGAGCCAGCAUCAGCAGCCCCAGCCGCAGCAGCAACAGCAGCACCACCACUCGAAAAGAAAUCUGUUGCAUCGCCUGCGGCGGAAUAAGGAUAAAGAUGACGGGUCCUCUAGACUGCGCGAGUUGCCUGGGUCUACCAGGUCCUUGGCCACGAAGCCAUCGCGACCUGAAUUUGCCAGACCCGAAAUGUCGCCAUCAACCUUCCCGCUUACGCUCUCAGGUACCGAGCCUGGCCCGGACCAAGACCCUCGACUGGCCGCCUACAACCAGCGGAACCAGCCACAGGUGCAGACGUUCAACAACAGAUUCCCCUUCUCCAAGAGCAAAGGACGACAGCACCGACCGACAGAGGCACAAGACGAGCAGAUCGGGCCGACAGACAGGCAGCCAGGUGGUUUCGGCACUGUCUUCCACUUGGACACCAAUCUGAGCGACAUGGAGGGCAUUCUCACGAAACCACCGCCACUGACACCAAUGGACCAUGCCUUCAUCGCGAGUAUCGUCGAUCCCGAAAAAGUCGAACCCCCUCCUGUCCCCGCGAAGCCCGAUGCCAUACCUGGGCCCAAUGGUUCUUGGAACGCGCCCGACAGCUGGGCUGUUCGCCGUAAUACUGAAGAUACUACGUACCAGGCGCCCGACAUCGACGACGUUGGCAGCCCCCCUCGCCCAGAGGAGAAGAUGACACCUUAUUGCAUCCGAAUCUUUAGAUCAGACGGAACGUUCGCGACCCUUUCCAUGGCUCUUGACGCCAGCGUCACCGACGUCAUAUCCCAGCUCAUCAAGAAGACAUACGCGACGGACGGUUUGGAAAACUACCACAUAAUCCUCAAGAAGCACGAUCUGGUCCGCGUGCUUUCUGUUGCUGAGCGACCGCUGUUGAUGCAAAAAAGACUGCUGCAACAGAUUGGCUACGAAGAGCGGGACCGCAUCGAGGACGUAGGUCGAGAGGACAACAGCUAUCUGUGCCGGUUCAUGUUCCUUUCCUCGCGAGAAAGCGACUUCCACUCGGUUACGAAUGAUCUCGGCCUCGGACGCAUUCAAAAGUUCAAUCACGUUGACCUCUCCGGCCGUAAUCUCAUUACCAUUCCGAUAUCGCUUUACUCCAGAGCGUCUGAAAUCAUCUCGCUUAACCUCUCCCGCAACCUGUCUCUCGAUCUUCCUCGCGACUUCAUUCAGUCGUGCCAAAACUUGAGAGACAUCAAGUUUAACAACAACGAAGCCCGAAGGCUACCCCCAAGCCUGGGCAAGGCGGCAAAGCUUACCUACCUCGAUGUUUCAAACAACAGAGUCGACCAGCUGGACCAUGCUGAGCUGCAUGGGCUGCAUGGCAUCCUGAAGCUCAACAUCGCCAACAACCGUCUCAAGGCUCUUCCGCAGUACUUUGGUGCCUACAAGGCUCUUCGGAACCUCAACAUUUCUUCCAAUUUCCUGGACAAGUUUCCGCUUUUCCUCUGCGACGUUGAGAGUUUGGUGGAGCUGGAUCUCAGUUUCAAUUCCAUCAGCAGCCUGCCUGACCAGAUUGGAAGAUUGAGAAACCUGGAGAAGUUUGUCAUCACCAACAACAGACUGUCAAACUCCCUGCCGGAUUCCUUCGCCGAGCUAUCCGGCCUUCGAGAGUUGGACAUCAAGUACAACGCUAUCACGAGUAUCAACAUCAUCUCCCUGCUGCCGAAGCUCGAAAUCCUCUCGGCCGACCACAACAGCAUUUCUCAGUUUAUCGGCAGCUUUGAGAGGAUAAGAAGCUUGAAGCUGAACUCGAACCCGAUCACAAAGUUUGAGAUCAUCGAGCCUGUCUUGACGUUGAAGAUGCUCAACCUGUCCCACUGUCAAUUGGCGAGUAUUGACGAGACCUUUAACAUGAUGUUGAACUUGGAACGUCUCGUGUUGGACAAGAACUACUUCGUCUCUCUACCACAACAAAUCGGAAACUUGAGCAAGCUGGAGCACUUCAGCAUCGCAAACAACAACGUGGCAGAAUUGCCCACAUCGAUAGGGUGUCUGACUGAGCUUCGCGUGUUGGAUGUGCGGAGGAACAACAUUAGAAAACUGCCGAUGGAACUGUGGUGGGCCAACAAGCUCGAGACCCUGAACGCGUCCUCCAACAUCCUUGAAAACUUCCCGAAGCCGGCCUCGAGGCAGCCGCGGCCGGCAGGCGAGGAAGCGCAAACACCGGCGCCUGUCAACAAGCCGAAUCCCAUGGAACGCAUAGUACAAUCCCCUCUCGAGGAGUCUCAGGAUGUUUCCAGGAGGCCAAGCCAAAACUCGUCCUCAACCUUGCUGAGUGUUGGACCUUCGCCUGUGCCUGGCAGCGCCGACAGGAAGAGCUCUGUCGUAUCGGUCUACGGCAAAGGCGGUCGUAAAACCUCAGUGGUGUCUAGGUCAGCAUCACAAGGCGCCGUCCCGCCAUUACCCCCCUCUGCAACCGCCAGGAAGGACUCGAGUCUGUCGUCGCGGCUUUACACAACGUUUGCGGGAUCCUUGCGCCACCUCUACUUGGCAGAGAACAAGCUCGACGACGAAGUCUUUGACCAGAUCACUAUGCUCACCGAGCUACGUGUCCUCAAUCUAUCGUGGAAUUACAUUAACGAUAUGCCUCAACGAUCGAUCAAGAGCUGGCCACAGAUGGUGGAGCUCUACUUGUCUGGUAACGAACUGACGACCCUACCGGCCGACGAUCUAGAAGACGCCAGUUUGUUGCAGGUGUUACACAUCAACGGAAAUAAGUUCACCAACCUGCCAGCCGACAUAUCCAGGGCUAAGAAACUGGCAGUUUUGGACUGCGGCAGCAAUUACCUGAAGUACAACAUUUGUAACGUCCCGUACGACUGGAACUGGAAUCUCAACCCGAACCUGAGGUAUCUCAACCUCUCGGGCAACAAGCGCUUGGAGAUAAAACAGACAGUCACGGGCCCGACAAUUCCGAACCGUGAAUCGCUGGCCGACUUCAACAGGCUCUUGAACCUUAGAGUUCUAGGUCUCAUGGAUGUCACCCUUACACAGCCCACCAUUCCGGAUCAAAGUGAGGAUCGUCGUGUGCGCACGUCCGGGUCUUUGGCGGGUCACCUUCCCUAUGGUAUGGCCGACACGUUGGGCAAGAAUGAGCAUCUGUCGACUAUCGAUCUUGUGGUGCCUCGUUACAACUCUUCGGAGACCGAGACCCUGCUGGGCCUGUUCGACGGUCAAGCGCUAUCGAGCGGCGGCUCUAAGAUUGCCAAGUACCUACACGAGAACUUCGGCCACAUCUUCACCAUGGAAUUGAAGGCUCUCAAGACGCGGCUCAACGAAACACCCGUGGAUGCUCUAAGACGCGCCUUCUUGUCCCUGAAUAAAGACUUGGUUACCAUUGCUAUCCAACACACCGAGGAGCGUUCGCAAAAGACGCAUAGGGGCUCUGCGACACCCGUUGUGUUGAGCAAGGAAGACCUGAACUCUGGUGGGGUUGCGACUGUUGUCUAUCUCCAAAACCAAGAACUCUACGUCGCCAAUGUGGGAGAUGCUCAAGCCAUGCUCAUUCAGACCGACGGGUCUCACAAGAUUCUCACACGAAAGCAUGACCCCGCAGAGCCCAGUGAGCGCCAACGUAUUCGAGAGGCCGGCGGUUGGGUUUCUCGUAACGGCAGACUCAACGACCUUCUCGAGGUUUCGCGUGCUUUCGGCUACGUUGACCUGAUGCCGGCAGUUCAGGCUUCGCCUUAUGUCAGCAACUUUACGAUUCGUGAGCAGGACGACAUAAUCCUGAUCGCGACGAGGGAGUUCUGGGAGUACUUGGAUCCCGCGCUGGUUGUUGACUUUGCGAGACAGGAGCGUGGUGAUCUCAUGAGGGCAUCGCAAAAGCUACGAGACCUGGCCAUUGCUUAUGGCGCUACAAACAAGAUUAUGGUCAUGAUGAUCAGCGUUGCCGAUCUUAAGAGGAGGAGCGAGAGGUCAAGACUUCAUCGAGGCCAGAGCAUGUCGCUGUAUCCUUCUGGCGUUCCCGACGACCUCCAGCAACCUCUACGCAGAGGCAAGAGGAACAAGGGCGAUGUCCUCGACUCCACGCUGCAGCGUCUUGAAGCCGAGAUCCCAGCGCCCACGGGCAACGUGUCGAUCGCCUUCACUGACAUCAAGAAUUCGACAACUCUCUGGGAGAUGUAUCCGGCUGCCAUGAGAUCUGCCAUCAAACUGCAUAACGAGGUCAUGCGUCGGCAACUCCGAAGGAUUGGUGGAUAUGAGGUCAAGACUGAAGGUGACGCGUUCAUGGUAUCGUUUCCGACGGCCACGUCAGCGCUGCUCUGGUGUUUUGCCGUCCAGAUGUCGCUGCUGGAUGUUAAUUGGCCCUCCGAGGUCCUGAAUUCCGUUUCAUGUCAGCCAUUGUACGACAAGGACAAUGCCCUGAUCUUCAAGGGUCUCUCUGUGCGCAUGGGUAUUCAUUAUGGCGAAGCCGUCAGCGAGAUGGACCCCGUGACAAGGCGUAUGGAUUACUUUGGACCGAUGGUCAACAAAGCCUCGCGUAUCUCCUCCGUCGCCGAUGGAGGUCAGAUCACUGUUUCAUCCGACUUUAUUUCGGAAAUACAGCGUUGUUUGGAGAACUACCAGGACACGGACAGGAACGGGUCUACUGGGUCUGAGGACACGUUCGACGACGACCAGGGCUUCGCUUCUUCGAUCCGCAAGGACCUACGCUCUCUUAGUUCGCAGGGCUUCGAGGUCAAAGAAAUGGGCGAGAAGAAGCUCAAGGGUCUUGAAAACCCCAAAGUCGUGUACUCGCUGUACCCACAUGCUCUUGCAGGCCGUAUCGAGCACCACCAACAACACGAGCAACGCACUGAGGUCGACAAGCCCGCGAUCCUUCAGGCGGGCAGCGAGCUGGCUUUUGACACCGAGUCUAUCUGGGCUUUGUGGCGUGUCAGCUUGAGGUUAGAGAUGUUGUGCAGUUCGCUCGAGAACGUGUCCGGCCAGGGCCUGCAACCACCGGAAACAGAGUUACUGGAGAGGAUGAAGCACCGUGGAGGUGAAGUCACGGAGAGGUUUCUGCUCAACUUUAUGGAACACCAAGUGAGCAGAAUAGAGACCUGCGUCACGACCCUGUCACUACGUCAUAUCGCUAUCGGCAAUGCACCCUUGGAACAGCUUCAGGACAUGCGAGGUUCUAUGAGCGACAUUCUCGACCAAGUUGCCAAACAGAUGAGCGAGCUGGCAAGAUACAAGGCACUAUACGGCGAGCUGGACGAAUCCGAAGACGGAAGCGAAACGGAAUGA